UUCACGUUAAAAUAUUUCCCGCUACUUUUUACAGGAUUGACAUGUUACAGCUGCGAAGAUGUUUCAGUCCCCGGACUAUGUAAUGAAGCUAUACGAUGUAAUCUGACUCAGAAGUGGUGUGUUACAGCCGAAAACAUUAAUGACCUUUUUCAGUUUUCCUAUAAGUUAGGAUGCGCUGGUAGUGAGUUUUGCGAUGGAAGUGACAAAGGUAGACGAAAGACAUUAAGAAAAAAACGGUCCCUGGGUUACAUAUGUUGUCAUGGUGAUCUGUGCAAUAAUGGAAUCCCCCAAACGACCAGUUCUAUGUCUAAAACAUCCACAACAACCACAAAAGCUACAGACAAUGUAGAAAUCAGUUCGGAUUCCUCAACGGCCGCAACUUGGACAGAAACGAUUAAAACAACUUCUAUGACAACUACAAACAACCACACAACUGCUAAGCCAUAUUCUGGAAGAGAUUUUCAUCGAUGGAGGGACCAUUGCUAUUUUCUGUCAAGAUUUACAUAUCCAUGGGUGACAGGCCCAAGGAGGAAAUUUAAUCCCUGUCAAAGUAGGCAUAUGAAAAUAUCGGAAAUACAAAACAUUUAUGAGCGCCAUGCCAUCGUACAUUUCCUUCGACAUUAUAAUGAAUCAGUCUGGCUCGGUGCAACUCACAGGGGUGGCUGGUUUUGGUUAAAUGGAGAGAAGAUCACACAAGGCCAUUUCGCGGCAGUAGAUUCGCAUUCGGAUGGCAAAUGUCUGGUUCUGAAAGGAAAUCAUUAUAUGGGAGAAGACUGUGAUCGCCACUUUGCUCAUUUGUGUAAAAAGCAAAUAUAA